GAGAGAGAGAGAGAGAGAGAGAGAGAGAGAGAGAGAGAGAGAGAGAGCACAGCAAGCCCAGAGGGAAGGACAUUUCAGAAAGGGCAAAACAGAGUGAAGAGGCUACAAUUGCAGGUUUAUUCUGGACCUGAAACAGCAAUCCUUAAAAAGCUGCCUAUUGGGGUUUCUCCACCUCUCUGCACACGGACAUCCACUCUGUCUCUUGCUGUCUGCAGAGAGCUCCCAGUGCUGCUGCUGCGAGGGUAUAUAGUCUCUGCUUCUGUGCACAGCACCUGAAAAAGACUGCUUUACAGUCCGAGACCAUGAGUGAGGCGAAGAAAGGUGAGCUUGCCAUCCGGGAUAAAGCCAUCCUUCACCAGCAGAGGCGUCUGAAGCAGGCCACCCAGUUCACACACAAGGACUCAGCUGACCUCCUGCCUCUGGAUGGGCUGAAGAGACUGGGCACAUCUAAAGACUUGCAACCUCACAGCAUCGUCCAGCGUCGCCUGAUGGAGGGAAACUUCACACGGCUGCGAGGGGAGGCCUGGGACCCAAACAGCAGGGUUCGUUCCCCGCUGGCCGACAUGAAAGACGGACCGGCUGACACCGAAGAAAGGAGCGAGAGCACCGCCGACGACUCCACGGAGGAGAGGGAGUCUCUGGAGGAAAGCGAGAGGAGCCUACGGUCGGACGAAGAGGACGACAGCAGCGAAGCAGGAGCCCGGCAGACAGCUGAGAAGGCCGAGGGCACGGAGAGCUCGACCCUCCUCACAGCUCUGGUUGUUCUAUGCAAGUGCUGCGAGACUGAAGUCAAGGCAUCCAUCAACACCGGCAGCCAACAUAACCACAUCUCCACCUCCUGCUGCCAGAGGCUGAGACUGGUGCCCAGCUCACCAUGUGGUGAGAGCAGCUCAGUGACCGGUCUGCAGCUGCAGCUGGGCAGACAGAUGGUUCAGUGUUCCGCCUACGUCAAAGAGGAUGAGGCGUUUGAACUGUGCCUGGGUCUUCAGACUCUGCUGGAACUUAAAUGCUCCCUUGACCUGAGCAGCCGGGUCCUGAAGCUGCAGGGCUGCGGCGAGGAGCUGCCCUUCCUGAACGCUUCAACCGACAGCCAGUGCCAACACGACACCAACGAGAACCUGUGAGCCCGACUCGACGGCGGCAACCACUUCCUCGAAUCUCGACCGGUUGCAGCAACGUGGCGCAAUGCCGUUUGUGUCUGGACGAGUACGAUCAGUGUCUUUCACACACUGCCAGAACAUGGAUGACCAUUCACCACCGUCGUUCUUGAGUUUACAUCAUUGUGUUUGUAGAAUUAAAACAUUCACUAUGAUUAUCUCUUAUAUUAAAUUAGUCUAGUUUACAGAGUGGGUGAAAGCCAGUUAUGAGCCGAUCCGAUCUCUGAGAGUCUAAUCAUUUUUUAUGAUUACGUAUGUAUUGUGUGUUGUACAUUGUGCAAUUACUCUGCUGAGCUGCGUGGGUACACUGAUGCUCUCGAAAAAGGGAAAGCAUUAUAAUCCUUUAAAGUGAACUUUAGUGGAAUAUUUUGUGAUUUGGCUGUACAAUAAUUACUUUAAAUCAUCAAGUAAAUGAAAAAAGUGUUAACUGUAAAUCAUUU